GACGAAACAUGACGUCGCGAUAAAGCGUUGCCUUCGUCGCUCGUCGCAAGAAGUUUGCAUAACCCCUAUUCGCGGGAAACCAAGAAUCAUUUGUAGCGUUAUAUUAUUGAAAUUGUCAGAAAAAUGCGAAUUAGGAAAAAAAUUAAAUCGUACGAAUUUGAUGAAAAUACUUAAAGUAUUGUAUAAUAACGCGGGUGAGAUAACGAAACAUUGUAAACGUCGUAAAAUUCUCUCGGUGAGUUUGGCGGAGGCGCGGUAGAGAGGAGAAAAAAGGGGGGAUUAUUUACUGUAUAUUGGUGUGGUGGUGGUGGUUAGUGUGUGAGUGGCUUGGUGGCUCACUCCGGUGAACGAUACGUUCAACUAAUCUCACACACAUCGACCGACCCACGGGUGCAGCGCAAUUUGAAUUCCGUAACGGUCGUUUACAAAAGUAAGUGGCGGACGACACUGUGCGCGUUUCACACUCGUUCCGUCUGUUUAUACUUCAAAAUUUUCGUACUCCCAAAACGUUUUAAUAACUCUUCGAUAUUUAAACUCCUUCACCUAUUUCUGUGGUCUACAAAGAUGUCAGCAGUGUUUAAAUAGUAUUGGAAUAUUCAGGUUCUCUGUCACUUCGUUGUUCCUCCAGUUCGGUGCGAUUCACCACUAGGCGAGGAUGGAGGACUUGGACGACGUUCUUGUCUGUGCUACCGAAUUUAUCAAAGAUCGACUAUGGUUUGUGACUCUACAAGUUGGUGUACAGCCCAGAAGUACAGCAGACACUUAUUACUUUUCCAUAGACGACGAGCUUGUCUUUCAAAACUUUUAUAAUGACUUCGGACCUUUGAAUCUAGCGAUGCUGUAUCAUUAUUGUCACAAGCUUAACAAAAAACUCAAAGCGGUUUCCUCGGGUAGAAAACAAAUAGUGCAUUAUACGACAGUUGAUGCUAAGAAAAGAGUCAACGCAGCUUUUCUCAUAGCCAGCUAUUCCAUAUUGUACCUCAAACAUUCGGCUGAAGAAGCUUACCAAAGUCUCGUCAACACACCGGACAGUCCGCCUUUCGUUCUAUUCCGAGAUGCGUCCAUGGGUGUAUCUUCUCAUCACAUAUCUCUCCAGGAUUGCCUAGCGGCGAUAGAAAAAUGUCAUCGCCUUGGGUUUUUUAAUUUCGAUGAUUUCAACGUUAAGGAGUACGAACAUUACGAAAAAGUUGAGAAUGGAGAUCUCAAUUGGAUUGUGCCAGGAAAAUUCCUUGCUUUUUGCGGACCACACGCAGAACUCAAGCAUGAAAAUGGUUAUCCACUCCACGCCCCGGAAUUUUAUUUCACAUAUUUUCGACGCAACAACGUAUUCACGAUCGUUCGAUUGAAUAAACAAACUUACGAAGCCUCGAGGUUUAUAAUAGCUGGUUUCGCUCAUUACGAACUAUUUUUCAAAGAUGGCUCGACCCCGACCGAAUCAAUAUUACGACAAUUUUUGAGAAUAUCGGAAAGAGCGGACGGUGCUAUCGCGGUGCAUUGUAAAGCUGGACUCGGGAGAACGGGAACGUUGAUCGGUUGUUACAUUAUGAAACACUAUCAUCUUUCCGCUCAAGAGACCAUUGCCUGGUUAAGAAUAUGCAGGCCCGGGUCGGUUAUUGGUCACCAGCAAUUGUGGCUUGAAGAAAACGAGGUAUAUCUGCACUCUUUGAAAAAGGAGCCCUUACGAGCAGAAAAUGGGAAUCCACCACACGCAUUUGGAAUAUACUCAAAACUUGGACGAGCAACCGAAUCACUUAGCGAGCCUAGGAGUUCGGGUCUCGUACAGGACAAGGUAUCGAGCAUAAUGCAUCGAGUGGAUGGUAUAAGUUUGGAGGAUUCAUCACCAACAACGAGUACCGGCGGGACCGGAAAAUCCGCGGUGUUGACGCAAGGCGACAAACUUAACGAGAUCAAAAUGAGGCGCAGAGAGGUGUCCUACAGAUCAAAUUACAUUGGGAACUCGACGGGGCAACCAGUGGUUAUGCUUCCGUCCUUAGGACUUUUGCUGCAAUCGAGAAAGCAGAAAGGCACCGUUACCCCGUUAGUCAGAUCGAAAAAGGAUCCGAAUAAACGACUCCUUGCUCGUUCAGCUACGACAACGAUCGUCAAAAGAAACGGUCGACGAGUUAGCGGUAAUUGUAAACCAACGUCGUGCUACAUUAGGCCCAAAUCGACGACUCAGCUUCAUCAAGGAAAAAACGAAACCGGCCAAGUUUCCACGAGUUGUGGGAAGCCAGGUUACGUGACGAAACCGGUGACGAGAUCGAGCGUACGAGGAGGAGAGACUGGUUGCAUCAACGAGACUCGUCCGACGUCCACGGCUCAUGCGUUACAACAGAAUCAGCCUGGAAUGAAUAUGAUCCUUAGAUCGGCCGAUCGAGUUAACCGACACAGUACUCUCAAGCAUGCGCGUACGACAAUAAGCUCGAAAACAACAUUUAUCAGAUGAUUAACCGAUAUUCUUAGUGGUGUUGGGGAGGGAGGAUCGAUUACCCGCACGUCACCCCGACUGCGAAGAAGAUUACGUCGCUCAAACCCCAUCGUUCAGUCAACUAAAAACGCGAAAUAAUACGAAAAACUGUAAGAUAACGGACAGUUUCAGAGUUAGAAGAGGAAUGACGAAUUUUCACACGAACAUUAUUAAUAUUAGUCGCCCUUUUUAGAAAAGGGAUUAAUCAAAAAUCUUUACUUUGUACAUAUAUAAAUAUAGAUAUACGUAAUAUUUACCUAUAUUUAUGUUUAUAUAUUGUUUUUCAGAUAUAUAUCAAUUUACUGUUUAUUCUCGACGGUUCGAGGUAACUAAAAAACACAUGUACACGAAAACUAAUAAAUUUUAGACUAAAAAACAUAUAAACAAAAUUUGGCCAAUGGUAAGUGCAUUUACAAACUGGGAUACACUGCUGUUUCACCCCCCCCCCCCCCCCCCCUCUCUCUCUGUCUUUUUAUAAUUAGCCAAUAGUCCUUGCAGAAAAGAAAUUGAUCAAAAGAUACUAAAAUUUCUUGUUUUUCACGAAUGUACAAUUUUGCAAAUCCCAAGACCAAUUGAAGAUUCUCGAAUUGAAAUAUAAUCGAGGAUAAAAAUACAAUUUGGAACGACGUGGGCCAGCAAUUGUCACAAGUUUUAGCUCGUUUUACACAUAAAUCACACAUGUAAAUCUUCAAAGUAAUCAUGUAAGUUUCUUUUUAUUGUGCUUAGUCUUCGCGUGUACACUAUAUAUGCUCGAGAUUUGAGAAGAAAAAAAACAAUGGGAAGAAGACUUUUUAACUGUAGGUAUACAUAAUUGUGGAAGAAUCGUCUCGAUCUAUGCAUUUUGUUGCAUUAGACUUUAACGUGCGAAGGAAUAACAAAGUAUUCGAUCUUGCGUUUAUAGUUGAACUGAAAAUGUUCUUUUAGCAGCUUACGAAAUAUUUUUAUUCAUAUUUUUUUAGUUCAACUCUAAUUUUACAUGUGACACAUGUACUUUGUAAUUCUGAUGCAAUUUUCGUUCCAAGUAGCGCAUUUAUAUAGUUGAAAAAAAAUUAUAUAUAUAUUUGAAAAAUUUCGUCCACCGCUUAUGGAAUCAAAGGCAAUUUGCAUAUUUCAAAUGAUUUUUUAUCUCAAUCAUUGAUUUUGUUCUCAAAACUUUAGAUUUAGUCUUCCGAACGCAACUUCCUUGUAGAAUGUACAUAGUACAUAGAUUCUGUGAAACUGUCGUUACGAGAUAUUAUUAUUAUUAUUAUUAUUAUUAUUAUUAUUAUUAUUAUUAUUACGUAUGUAAUAACCGAGAAAUGUUAAAGUAAUAAGUCUGAACAGCGUUCGAAACAAUACCGCGUCUCGAGAAUAUUUGGGCUUUACGUUGCCAUCUUGGCGGAGGGAAAGAUUUUCUAAGAUCAGUGGAAACCGUGCAAAUAUUGUAACGCGAAAGAGUGUCAUUGUUUAAAAUUUCGUAACUUUCUUACGAAUAAUUAUGACGAGUUGCGAAUCUAAAAAUAUCCAACUUUAUGGCGUACUUCGUUUUAUACACGUUUUCUUAUUUUUACUUUUUCUUUCUAUUAACCAUAAAACCACGAAUUCCGUUGAUGGAUUCCAUUGAAGUUUUUUACGAAAAAAAUGGAAAUGGUCCGAAAGCAUCAGCAACGAUAAUGCCACUAAUUAUGCCCAUUUCAGUUUGGUUAAAAUUUGUCCAAAAGUUGAGUGGUCAAAAAAUAUAUAAGAAGAACGAAAAAAUUGUAUUAUUUGACUUAACUAGGCUUUACAAUGAAAAUGUAAAAUUCACGAAGUAUCUGCGAACUUCAACUGAUUUUUGAUUUUAAUACCGACGAAAAACAACUAUGUUUAUAUAAAUAAGAAGUGGAAUAUGAACUAUGAGAUUUAUAUCAUAAAAAAUUGUGAAAAAUCUAAAACGUAGUACAAAACAGUUUAUCUUUAGUUGUUUUGUUUCGCAUAAUCUGGCGAAUUUUUGUCAAUAUAUUGUAAUCUGUCAUGGCACAUUUCAUCCAUAUAGUUAUCUCGUGAGAGAAGUCAUUGCGAACCCUCCGAUCCACCGUGUUAGUUUUAAUCGAACAUCACGACUUAAUGAUCCUCAGUAUUUUAACCAUCGUCGUACAAUCAUUGGGUAGUUAAAGGGCAAAACAAACGUGUCAUAAUUAUUUAGCUCAAAGAGAAAACAAUUAGUUUUUUUUUCUGUAUAUCAAUUCUCGAGGUGUAUUGAAAGCUCGAAAGAGAACAUAAACGCACUCUCGUCUUGGCGCCCACCGAGUCAGCCUGUAACAGAUCCGUAUUUUAUUGCUGGCUUGGAAUGUACGAAUCACACAUAAUAAAACAAUAUUAAUUCUAAUAAGAAGGAUAUCACGUGAUUAUUACAGAUUAUAUGUUUAAACGAAAACGGCGAAAGGCUGCAACGUGCUUUCGACGCACCGCGUCCGUAUAUUCUCUGUUAACAUUUUGUCAAUUUUAAUAACAAAAAAAACGAACAAACACAUAAAAA